CUGUCCAACAGCUGUGACUAUAACUCCAAAGCUGCGACAGUUGGAGUUCAGCAUUGCCUGUAAUGAUCUGGCGGCCUCGGGCAGAGACAGGAAGCCCAAUGCUUUGGUCCAGGUGGCUGUCAUAGAUCCCCAGAAGCAGCAGCUCGUCUUCCACGCCUGCACAGAGAUAGUGGAGGCAAACAAAGACCCACUGUUUUUGACGGGGGUGACCUUCCCUUCAGAAUAUCCUGACAGCCAAGACUCACUGGUCAAGCUAACUGUGUAUGAUGCAAAAAACAAGAGCCAAGAAUCAAGCUCCUUCCUCGGUAGCGCUACCUUUUCCAUCGGGGAUCUGCUGAGGGCUAAAGAUGGACGACUGACCUUGAGCCUGAGGUCGUCGGAUGGUGUGUGCCCAGCAGGGACAGUGUUAGUGAGUCGACUGAAGAUGGGGGAGAUGGAGGAGGCUGACCACAUCGCCACCGACUCGUCCUCACAGAAGUGUCCGUUGGUGUGUGAGCCUGCGGACCAGCCCUGCAUCGACAGAGAAGAUUACGCUCUAACUGGGCCAGUGUUCAGGAACCCGGUAUGCAAGGUGUACAGAUUUCAGACAGUGGACAGCAAGUGGAUGCUGGUGCGGGAACAAAUGGAGGAGUGCACUCUGUCGUUCACCAUCCCCAAACAGCUGCUGUCGCUCUACAUCCAGGAGGACAGGAGCAGGGUGCAGGAUCUGGAGGAACUGGGGGAACUCUCUCCUCACUGGGACAACCUGAGGAAGGAGGUUGUGACGCGAUACGGAGGAAUCAUCGGCUCUUACCAGGAGACUUUGGCUGAACUGGAGAAGAUAAGCGGUUCAUUCAAGCCGAGUUGCUGCAAAGCCCAGAAGUCUCUGGAGUUCAUCCCAAUAAACCUGCACACACAGAGGAUGAGAGUGACAUGCCCCCAGAAAACAGAUGCUUUGUAUGACAUUAUCACUGUCGGUGCUCCAGCAGCCCACUUCCAGGGCUUUAAGUGUGGAGGCCUGCAGCGUCUCCUGAGCAGAUAUGAAGCAGAGAAGAAGAGCUUUAGCACUGCCUACCAGUGUAUCUACUACUCCCCUCAGCACACAGCCAAAGCCCAGGAGGUACUCAGCACCGUGAGUCUCCUCCAGCCCCUCAUCACGAGCUUGGCUGACCAGCUCCUCCAGGCUGCCCUUGAACACUCCUCCUCUGGACUCAAGGAUGCACUCAAGAGCCUUUCCGACAAGACGGAGCAAUUUGUCCACACGCUUAAGGACGAAUUGGUCAAGAGUGCCCUGCUAGCGUUGCACGCGGCCCGGCCCGGGUACGUCUCCAAGAGCCAGAAGCAAACUCCGGUGCUGUGUCACCAGCAAAGCCAGGGUGGGGACCUGAAUCACAGUCCAGUCCAAGGACUACCGGGCCACAGUCCUGUCACAGAAAGCCCGGUGGCGUGUAAUAAUGUGAAAGGAGGAGACAGUGGGUCGCUGAAGCACCAAGACUCCAUACCACACCACAAAGAGUACGACGAAGAGGAAUGGGACAGGGUUUGGGCCAACGUCGCCAAAUGUCUCAACUGUGUGAUCGCCAUGGUGGAUAAACUCCUCGAAGGUGACAACAGCAAGCCAGAGCCAGCGCCGGAGCAACAGCUCGCUGAUGUCAUCACCUCACACAACCCAGGUGACUGGCGAGAGCAGCUGAGUCCUCUGGUGACCAGACUAAAGGAGUGUGUGUUGGAGGUGGUGGAGAAAGCAAAGAGAGCAAUGACCUUCGUCCUCCUGCAGGAGGCAGCGUGCAGCAUACCUCAAGGCCUCCACCUGCAGCAGAGGAGAGACGUGGUCUUCAGUCAGGCACUGGCAGCGCUGGCGUGUGGCUUUGUGAUGAGGCUGUACGCAGGCUUGCAGGACAAAGACUUCCUGAGGCAGCUCCACCUCGUCGGCCUGGUGGCUCAGUUCGAGAGCCUGCUGAGCACUUACAGUGAAGAGAUCGGGAUGCUCGAGGACAUGGAGACUGGAAUCUCUGACCUGCAGAGAGUCACAUUCAAGAUCACAGAGGCCAAAGCGGAUGACCUCAGUGACCUGCAGCCUUCAGUUUGUGGCCGACGAGACCACUUCACUGUCGAAGUGCCAUUACCACAAGUGAUUUUUCAGACCUUGCCAGAAGAGAUCAAGGAGGGCAGGCCUCUGCGAGUUUUCCCCGUUCUGUUUAACGUUGGCAUCAAUGAGCAACAAACUAUAGCUGAGAGGUUCGGAGAUAUCUCUCUACAAGAAAGAAUAAACCAGAAGAACUUUGAGAUUUUAGAAGCCUAUUAUAAGACGUUAAGAGAAAAGGUGCCACUAGAAUGUCUACCAUGUUUUCAGACACAGACUGACAUAAAGGAAUUACUUGAAACGCUGGGCCAGAAUGUAGUCACAAAGAAGAGGAAGAACGUUGAAAUACUGUGGCUUGCUGGAACUGUGAGUUUGGUUAUUAUUCAAACUUUCUCUUCCUCUCAAGGAAGUUUUCUCUCAAGCGUAUGACAGAUUUCAGAGGCUUUUUUUUUUUUUUGCAAAAAUACAAAUCUUAUGCUACACUUGAUUUAUUCCCUUCUUAAAAGGGCACUGAGCCAAAGACAAUCAACAAUCUGAGCAAGAUUGAUUGACUUUGGAAGAGAACACGGUAUGGAUUCUGACCUUCAUUAUAUAGCGAUGUUUACCUUGUGCUAGAGAACUGUUAAGUGUGUCCUUAUGAUACUUAUAUUAAGGUCAUAGCAGUUAAGUUGUGUGAGAAGUGAGUGAGAAGCGCAGGCCGCAGCCUGCAGUGAAUGCUUCAUUGGCAGUGUUAUCUCUUAAUCUCACAUCAAUCUCACGCUGUCACUGUAUCCUCCUUUGACUUGUUGGCUUUGUCCUCUCAAUUUAAAGACUGAUCAGGCUCAGACUUCUAAGUGUUGGGACAUAUUUUAAAAGUAAGCUGGAAUGUUAAAAACAGAGUGCA